UCUUUAUAAUCGUCAUAACAGCCUAACGCAAGUUUUUAAAUUCUGAUUCUGUAGCUCAUUGAAUCAUCACCUUUUAGUUUCAAUUCCAAUAGCAUUUUAAUCUGAUGUUUGUGUUAUUUAUGCACGUAACAUAUCGCCAAUUUUAUUAAAUUUAAGGGAAUUAUGUGCGCUCACUGGGCCUUCGACAACCCUUUUCUUUUUUAAUUCGCCUUUAUCACGCAACUCUAUAUGUUACCCUAGUACACAAAGUACCUUCUGGAUAAAUACAAACCGGGACAACUCACAAGUCUUACAAUAACAAUGGCGGCAGUGGCCAGCCUAAAACAUAUUUUUGGUUACCGAACCGGAAUUUCUGGAUCUAUAGUUUUUCUUGAUGAUCAGACUAUUGUUUAUCCAUGUGGAUCUAACUUAGUUCUCUACAACCUCGAGCAAAAAACGCAAAAGUUUAUUGCAGGUUUAGAAAAGUCAGAAGGAAUGACAGCUCUUGCAAUCAGUCCAAACAGAAGGUACAUUGCUCUUUCUGAGAAAACGCUGGAUAAGCCUGUCGUAACCGUAUAUGAUGUACACACUCUACGCAAGAAAAAAUCACUUCACACCUCUGACAAUCAUUCCAAUGAAUUUGUCAGCAUAGCUUUUUCUCCGGAUUCAAAAUAUCUUGCAGUACAGAGUGGGAGUCCUGAAUGGAUUUUAACAUACUGGUCAUGGGAGAAACCAAAACAACUCGCUAGUGUUAAAACGUCCACAUCUAACCCCAUCAAACAAAUCUCUUUCAGUCCCCAAGAUUGUACAUUAAUAUGUGUUGUUGGCACUGAUAUCAUCCGUCUGUAUCGCUAUGGGGAAAACAAUCUCAAAACAUAUGGCAUAAAUAAGGUUGAACCUCGAAACUUUCUUUGCCAUACUUGGAUUGGUGGUGAGAAAAUUGUUGCCGGAACUGAGGACGGACGAUGGAUAUUGGUGGAAAAUGGAGAAUCAAAAUUGGAAUAUAACAUCUCCGCUAUAAAUGAAAAAAAUUGGGGAUAUCAGGAAAACAAAGAUAUUACACAAAUAAAAACUAGUAUAACAGCAUUGGCAUCAACAUCAAAAGGUUUACUUGUAGCUUCUUCAUCUGGUAUUGUCUAUUGGUUUGAGCAUAUUACUGUAGAUCAAAAAUUGCGUCAACAAUCCCAACAACAAAAUGAUAAACAACAGCAUGAUAAACAUGAAAAGAAACCUAUAACUUCAACUAAUCUAGCAACAAAGAGCACAACUAAUCAAACAACCAUCUCAUCAUCAUCAUUAAAGGAUGAAUAUCAGUUACUAGCUAGUGUAUGUUUACCUGAAGAUUUAAUAGUUAAUAAAGAUUCUGAUUGUAAUAUUAUUCCAAUUAUUACACAAUUACAAAUUAAUCCAUCCGAAGAUUUACUUAUCGCUGCAACAAAUACUCAUCAAUUAUACCAGUUUAAUUUAAACAAUAUUGAUACAAAUAUAAAGAAUAGUGAAUUAGCGGUAAAAAAUGAUGAUAUCAAUGGUAUCAAUAAAGAACAAUAUAAUCCAAGUGAAACAGUGAAAUUCAUUCCAGUGUCUCAAUUAUUUCAUAAUGGUCAAAUAAUUGGGAUGGAUGUAUGUCUACGUAAACCAUUAAUAGUUACAUGUGCAACAGAUAGAACUGUAAGAAUAUGGAAUUUUGAAACAAAUGAUCUUGAAUUAAUCAAACAAUAUGCUGAAGAAGUAUACAGUGUAGCACUACAUCCAUUUGGUUUAUUUAUUUUAAUUGGAUUUAGUGAUAAAUUACGUUUAAUGAAUAUAUUAAUUGAUGAUUUAAGAAUAUUUCAUGAAUUUACAAUACGUAGUUGUCGUGAAUGUGCUUUCAGUAAUGGUGGACAUUUAAUUGGGGCAGUCAAUGGAAAUGUUAUACAAAUUUAUUCAACGACAACAUUUGAUAAUCUCAUUAAUUUAAAAGGUCAUAAUGGUAAAAUUCGUUCUAUUAUUUGGUCAGAUGAUGAUUAUAAAUUAAUUUCAUGUGGAUUAGAUGGUGCUGUUUAUGAAUGGGAUACACAAAAAGGUACACGAAUUAAUGAGAAUGUGUUAAAAUCUUGUAGUUAUACAAGUGUAGCUGUUUCACAAGAUGCUAAAACUGUUUACGCUGUUGGUUCAGAUAAGACAUUAAAAGAAAUAAGUGAUUCACAAAUUAUACAUGAAAUACAAUCAAAUGAUCAAUUAUUUACAACCGUAACCAUUUCACGUUCUAAUCGUAUGUUAUUUUGUGGUUGUCAAAAUGGUUUAAUUAGAUCAUAUCAAAUGCCAUUAACAGAUCAUUCUAAUUAUCAAGAUUAUAUUGGUCAUAGUGAUAAUAUAACUAAAAUGAAAAUGGCAUUAUUUGAUGAAUAUUUAAUUACUGUAUCGAAUGAUUGUUCAAUCAUAAUAUGGAAUAUACAAGAACGUGAUGCACGUUCAAAUAAAACGGAUAAAGAAAAUAUAUGGAUGGAAGAAAUAUUAAUUACCAAGUCAGAUUUAGAAGAGAAAAAUUCAAUUAUGAAUGAAUUAAAAACUCGUAUAGAAGAAUUAAAAUUAGAAAAUGAUUAUCAAUUACGUAUAAAAGAUAUUAAUUAUAAUGAACGUAUAAAAGAAUUAACAGAAAAAUUUAUACAAGAAAUGGAAACAUUAAAAAAUAAAAAUCAAUUAUUAAAAUUAGAAAAAGAUAAUAAUCAAUUAAAUUAUAAUAAUCAAUUAAAUAAUUUAUUAAAUAAACAAAAUAAUGAUAUACAACAAUUACAAUUAUUAUCUAAUCAAAAAUUAAUUAAUGAAUAUAAUAAAUAUAAUGAAUUACAAUUAAAUACUAAAAAUAAUGAAAUUAAUUAUGAAAAACAAUUAAAUAAUAUACAAUUAAAUCAUGAAAAUUUAUUAAAUAAUACAAUUAAUAAUUAUGAAUUAAAAUUAAAUAAAAAAAAUCAAAAAAUUAAUGAAUUAUUAAAUCAAUUAAAACAACAAUUAAAUGAUCAUAAUUUAAUUAAAUCAUUAAUUGAACAAAUUAAUGAUCAAGAAAUUUUACAAUUAAUUAUUAAAUAUAAAAAAUUAUUUAAUAAUGAAUUAAAUUUAAAUAAAAAAUUAAAAAAUGAUUUAAAUUUAAUACAAAAACAAUUAAUUAAUUUACAAAAAAUUAUUGAUCAAUUAAAUUUAGAUAAAAAUAAAUAUAAUAUAGAAAUUAAUAAAUUAAAUAAUAUUAUAUUUAAUUUAGAAAAAGAUUUACAUAAUUUACAUAAAGAUAUACAAGAACGUGAUGAUACGAUACAAGAUAAAGAAAAACGAAUUUUAGAUUUAAAGAAAAAAAAUCAAGAAUUAGAAAAAUUCAAAUAUGUUUUAGAUUAUAAAAUUAAAGAAUUAAAACAACAAAUUGAACCAAGAGAAAAUGAUAUAAAAAAUUAUAAAGAACAAAUACAAGAAAUGGAAACUGAAUUACAACGAUUUCAUAAACAAAAUGAUCAACUUGAAAUAAAUAUAACUGAAUUAAAACAAAAAUAUAAAUCAGUUGAAAAUGAAUUAAAACAUGAACGUCAAUCAACAAGAGAUGUAGAAUCAAUAGUUCGCCGUUUAAAAACAGAUUUAUUCAAUGUUGUUGGAUUAAUACAAGAACCAAAACAAUUAAAAGCUGGUAUAUUAGCAUUAUAUAAAAAACAUAUACAUGAAGAUAUGGCUGUAGAUGCUACAGCUGAUGCUGAUAUUCAAAAAGAAUUCUUCAGACAACGAGAACAUCUUGAAAGAUCAGUUGCUGGAUUAAGACAAAAGUUGGCGCGUGAUAGUGAAAUGCAUCGAUCCGAUUAUGUUCGUAUUAUGCAAGAGAAUGUUACAUUAAUACAAGAAAUUGAUAAUUUACGCUCUGAACUUAAAUUAUCCCGUAAUCAUAUUCAUAAUUUAGAAGCUAUACUUGGUCUAAAUCGUAAAAAUGGUUAUCAAACUAAACAAUUAUUAAUCCAAUUAAAUAAAUCUAAUUUAGAUCCUAUACAACAAUCUAAUUAUGAUCAAUUACAAUAUACUAUUAAAGCACAACAAGAUUUCAUACAUACAUUACAAAUGAAAUUAAAUCAAACUAUUCAAGGAGAUAAUACAAAAGAUUUAUUAAAAGAAUUACAAUUAGCUAUACAUUCUGAACGGACGAAAUCAUCAUCAUCAUCAUCAUCACUGUCACCAACAUCAUCAUCAUCAUCAUCAUCGCCAGUAACCAUGACAACAAAUGUAAUACAAUCAAAACCUUAUUCUGGUUCAAAGAUCCUACCACCAAUUAAUCAUAAUAAUAAUAAUAAUAAUAGAUCAAUAAUUGAAAGUACAGAUCAGAAAACAUUUAAAUCUGCUUAAUAUAUAUAUAUGUGUAAGUGUUCUUUUUAUUUAUAUUUAAUAUUAUAAUCUAAUAACUAGAUCAUCAUGGGAAACUUGAAAACAUUGGAUAGUUGUUUCGUCCUAAUAUGGUACUUUUCAAUAGUGCACAUUCACAAUUAUUACAAUCUUCAAAAAAAAAAAACCCAAUUAUCUGGAUCAUAUUCUGCUACUUGUGGAUAUAAAAAUUUAGAGAAGAGUAUUUGAUUUAAUUAGUCUAAAGUAACGGAUUAUAUGUUUUUUAAUGAUUGUCAGUUUUUAUUAUGAGCUAACAACAACAGGAGUAAAUAUCUUGAUGUCAUUAAAAAUGUUUAAGUAAUGAGCAACUAUAUUCCUGAUAAGUCUUACUAAUUGAAUGUUAUACUUGGUUCAUAAGCUAGUCUCGUAACUUCCAAACUAGAACUAUACAGUGAUUUGAACAUGAGAGAAAAGGUGUAAAAUAUAUAAGAAGCACCUUACUCUAAAAGUUUCAUUCAUGUACAAAAAAAAAUAUAGAGUUUCUAGAGUCUUUUAGAAGUAGUUGGGUCUUCCCCGUAAAAUUCUAGAAUACUACAAAACAUAGUAGUAGUGUAGUAAUCAUUCAAUCAGAAACUCUACACAUGUGACUUUUCAAUUUCAUGAUCUUUCUAACAAAACUUCUAAUGAAUAUUGAUUGGAUAAAAUGCUUCUUAACGUCAAUUGAAGCUAGAUUACCAUAGAAAACUGUCUAGUGCUUUCAGGUUUUCUAUGAUGGUCUAACUUCAAUUGAUUCAUAAUUUCAACUAUAUAAAAUUACUACAAAAUCUCCACAAAACCCCCUUUUGAUAAUAAUUUCAAUAGUUGAAUUCAUGAAUUAAUUAAAGUUAAAAUACCGAAGAAAACCUGGAAUCAUUGGACAGUUGUUUUGUCCUAAUAUGGGACUCCUUAACAGUGCACAGUCAUGACUACUACAAUCUUCACAAAACCACUUUGUUGAUAAUAAACGUAAAUAGAUUGAGUGUUUGACACACAAUAGCACUACAAUAUAAAAAUCUAAAUGUGACUGAAGGACAAUUUCUUGGUGUUUGAUGAAUAAACAGUUACAUGAAUAGACGUUACUGUACAUUGAUAACAAAAUAAUCAAUAAUAUGGAUUUAAAUAAUGCGCCUUAAAGUCAAUAAUAGCAACUAAAUAAAACUUUGAAUGAUAACUAGAAUGAAAGAAGAGAUAACGAAGAACAUAUACAAGAUAUUGUAAUAGUUUUGAGUAAAACUUGGUUAGACAUUAACACCAUUGGAUGUCGGUAGGCUCAGUAUUCUAGUGGUUAAGUGCUGGCAAGAGAGACUAAUAGGUCCUUGGUGCGAAUCUCACGAGGCGGGAUUGUGGAUACGCACUGCCGAGGAGUCCUACAGUAGGAUGAAACGUCCGUUUAAUGCUUUCAGGUUUUCCAUGAUGGCCGUGCUUCAAUUGACUCAUGAUUUCAACU